UCUGUUCAGUUUAGUUUUUUGAACUGCUUUGUACGUACAUGACUCGUUUGAUUGAUGUGAGACUCGAGCAUGGGUGACGACUGGGCUGUGUCUUCCUCAGCAGAUCUACCAGACAUGGAGGCCGAUAAGCUUACCAAGCAGGACCUCUCAAUUGAUACAAGACGCCAUCGCUAUCCUUUCUCCAUCGUAUGGACCCCAAUCCCUUGCCUCACAUGGCUGUUUCCAUUCAUUGGGCACAUGGGGAUAUGCAUGUCGAAUGGCGUGAUCCGAGACUUUGCUGGCCCCUACUUCGUGUCGGAAGAUAACAUGGCAUUUGGCAACCCAGUCAAAUACUGGCAGCUGAAUCCGGGAAGCUCGGACGCAGAUCGUCGAGAGUGGGACAAUGCGGUCCACCAGGCUUCGGAGACAUACAAGGGUAGAAUGCACAAUCUACUCUGUGAUAACUGCCACUCGCACGCUGCCAUGGCACUCAACCUGCAGUUGUACGACGGCUCGAGUCGCUGGAACAUGGUCAAGCUUGCUCUGUACAUGAUGAUAUACGGCCGCUAUACCAGCUGGUCCGGUGUUGUCAAAACAUGGCUCCCUUUCCUGCUGUGUGUGGGAGUCAUCCUGCUCGUGGUGUUCUUGGUUCGAUAGUGUUAACAGUCCCAUCGGUCGGGAAGGGGACUGAGGAACUGAUGCUAACCGUUAUCCUAAAUUAGGUCUGAAGGUAGACAUGCGCAUGCGUUUACCUGCUGGAUCGGCUGUGUGCUUGUGUAAGUUGUCUUGAGAGCCUUAUUUGAGCCGUGUAUAUAUGUAUAUAGCCAUAUUCGAUAUUUUGCCAUAUUCCAUAUUAACUUUUCAAUUUACCCCAUGCCAAAGAUGUUUGCUGCCUAUAUUUUAUGACUUAGUCCGAGCUGUUUUGCCGAUUGAUAAUAAUUCUGACAGAUCCUGAGCCUUUUCUUUACGUAGCCUACUUGCUGCCCUAUGUUUAGCACACUGUCUGUAGUAGGGCUUUAGUCGGAUUAUGACAUGGCCAUGCUUAUUGUACUGCCGUUAGCUUUUCAACGGUUUAAAAAAAAAAUUUUUUAGUUUCUAUAAAUCAUGCUUCGAAAAGUGAGGCUGACCGUUCGUACCUAUACUACUCCUAUGCAUGAUCAGAAUCAUAAUGUGUGUGCCCGCAUAAAUUUUUGUUUGUGUUUGCUGAAAGCAGCGAGCACUUGUGGCGAGUUCGAACACAAUCUCAGUCGCUUCCACCAUCACCACGGCGAGUCAUCCUGGGAAAAGUCAAGCGACUAGUGUAGCCUGCUA